AUGAUCGGUAUUGGAAUGGAAGGCUCGGCCAACAAGGUCGGCAUUGGCAUCAUGCUGCACCCAGAAGACGGCAGCGAGCCGAAGGUCCUUGCCAAUGUCCGUCACACAUACAACGCCCCACCAGGCGAGGGUUUCCUGCCCAAGGACACGGCUCGACACCAUCGUGCGUGGGUGGUGAAGCUAGUGAAGGAUGCACUGAAGGAGGCGAAAGUGACAGUGGACGAUGUGGACUGUAUUUGCUUCACACAAGGUCCUGGCAUGGGUGCCCCGCUACAGAGCGUGGCUAUCGCAGCGCGGAUGAUGAGUCUGCUUUGGGGAAAGAAAUUGGUCGGGGUAAAUCACUGUGUUGGACAUAUCGAAAUGGGCCGUCUGAUUACUGGCGCUUCGAACCCCGUCGUCCUCUACGUCUCCGGCGGAAACACACAAGUGAUCGCGUAUAGCUCCCAGCGAUACCGUAUUUUUGGCGAGACUCUCGAUAUCGCGGUGGGCAACUGUCUGGACCGGUUCGCGCGCACGCUACACAUUCCUAAUGAUCCCUUUCCCGGGUAUAAUAUCGAGCAGCUUGCGAAGCAGGGCAAGCGGCUAGUGGACCUCCCAUACGUGGUGAAAGGCAUGGAUUGCUCUUUCUCCGGGAUUCUUGCGGCAAGCGAUGGACUAGCUGCCACAUAUGGAUUAGGUGGCUCGGAGCAGGCCAAGCUAGACGCGGAGAAAAGUGCCUUGAAUACGGAAGAGAGUCAGGACCUGGAUGCUAAGCCUACUCGUGCGGAUCUCUGCUUCUCAUUACAGGAAACUGUAUUUUCAAUGCUCGUGGAGAUUACAGAACGUGCAAUGGCCCAUGUUGGCUCUAAGGAGGUGCUUAUUGUUGGUGGUGUGGGCUGCAAUGAGCGAUUGCAGGAGAUGAUGGGUAUCAUGGCUCGGGAUCGCGGUGGCAGUGUCUUUGCCACGGAUGAGCGCUUCUGCAUUGAUAACGGUAUCAUGAUUGCCCAGGCUGGAAUGCUGGCACAUAAGAUGGGUUUGAAUACUCCGCUUAAGGACACUAUUUGUACCCAGCGCUUCCGAACGGAUGAGGUGUGGGUGAAGUGGCGGGAUGAUUAA